AUGCCUCCCUAUCGGUUGGUGUUUGGAAAAGCAUGUCAUUUGCCUGUAGAAUUGGAACAUGGAGCUUACUGGGCCAUAAAAAAACUCAACUUUGACUUUCAAGAUGUUGGUGUAAAAAGGCUCCUUCAACUGAAUGAAUUGGAGGAAUUUCACCUUAAUGCCUAUGAAAGUGCAAGGCUCUAUAAGGAACGGACCAAGAAGUAUCAUGAUCAGAAAAUUAUCCCCAAGGUCUUUGAAGCGGGGCAAAAGGUGUUACUUCAUAAUUCAAAAUUGAGAUUAUUUCCGGGCAAACUCAAAUCACGCUGGUCAGGGCCAUUCACUGUGGUACAAGCUGCUAACUAUGGUGCGGUGGAGCUGGAAAAUGAAAAAGGUGAAAGAUUUCAUGCAAAUGGCCAUCGUUUGAAGCAUUAUUGGGGUGGAAAGGUGGAUUGUCAAGUCUCUACGAUCUACUUUGCUGAAAAAUCAUAA